AUGUCGUCCAAGAGGAAGAAAAACGAUAGUUCGGACGAAGAAAGUGAUGAAGUCGAUUGGCAGAGGAAAUAUCGAAAGAAGAGUAAGGAGUUUGGCAAGAAGAUGAUGCGGCUGAGAGAAUCGCAGGAAGAGUGUAAUAUGAAGCGCGGGGAGCUGCAUGAAAUGUCUUUGAAGAAUGAUAAGCUGGAAUUCCGAUUGAAACGUGGUAACGGAACACUCCUUCGAUCCCAGUCAAUGCUGAAUGUGAGAGGUGUUAUCGAGUUUCUCGAGGGGGAACAGGAAAUGCCGGAUUCCGUCAGACAGAGUGAUCGACACGACCGAUGGGAAUGGAUCUUCGAUAAUGAUAGCAAAUGGCCACUUGGUUCGGAAUGGUAUACUCGAGGUCUGACAUUGCUGAAAAGUCUCGCUACUUCGAUCUAUUCACUUUGUGCUCGGAAGCUGGUCACUGGAAACGGGUAUUUGUUGAAAGCAAAGGCGAUCUCCUCAUUGUCAGAGGCCUCGAUAUCGAUUAAAUUCGUUCUUUUGAUGCUUUCACGACAAGAGGAUAAAGGAAAUGCGGAGAAACGCUCAAAGUUGACCACUAAAAUCCAGAAGAACGUGUUUCAAGAAGAAGCGUACAUUGCCAAGGAUCCGGCAUUAUCGAACGCUCAACGUGAUUCGGAAGCCGUUUCGGCACAACGCUACUGGAUUGCCAUGGGAACUAGGACCGAUAUUGUUUCUGAUAAGAACAUUUUCAACAUAGAGUCAACAAAAUUCGAUUUAGACGCUCCCCUGUGCAAUGCCAAAUUGAAACAUGACGAGAACGGAAUCGACGAGAAGCAGCUGGAUUCAUUGAUCGAGAUUCUCAACGGUUGGACUGGACCAAAGAAAGUCAAUAAGGCGGCAGGAUUUGCCAUUUUACUUAAAAACAACAGCACGACGGCCUCGCGUUCGACCGAUGUCGUUGAGUGGACGACCGAAAGGAAACGAUGCUUUAUUGGUCUGUACUCUCAUUUCGGUGCAACGGAUUGUCGACAAAUUUGCAUCUUUUUUGCGCCACACUUCACGGCGAUUCUCCUGCAUUUCUCGCGGCUUUCAGCUCGCUUUGUGGAUCAAAUAACGGAGAAGGACGCAAACGCUUCUCUACUUGCCGCAGCCCAAGCUUUACCAUCACACCAAUCGAUCGCUUUAAAGAAUACUGUCCAA